UGUGUAUGUGUGUUUUCCGGUGAGGUUCAAGCUAUGAAGGCCGUGGUGAUAACAAGUACCGGUGAGCCAGAAGUGCUUCAGGUGAAGGAUGUUACUGACCCAGUGAUCAAGGACGACGAGGUCCUCAUCAGGGUAGCUGCCGCAGCUUUGAACCGAGCUGACACUUUUCACAGGAAAGGCUUGUAUGAGCUUCCAAGUGGUGACACACCUUAUCUGGGUAUGGAAUGCUCUGGCACCAUUCAAGCCCUUGGCAAAAACGUUACCCGCUGGAAAAUUGGUGAUCAGGUUUGUGCUCUUCUUCAUUGGGGAGGCUAUGCUGAGAAGGUGGCUGUUACAGCUGCACAAGUUCUCCCUAUCCCACCUGCUGUCUCUCUGGAGGAUGCCGCUAGUCUACCUGAGGUGGCAUGCACUGUUUGGUCAACUGUUUUUAUGACAAGUCAAUUGUCUAUGGGGGAGACUUUAUUGCUUCAUGGGGGUUCCGGUGGAAUUGGGACAUUUGCUAUCCAAAUGGCUAAAUUCCAAGGAGCCAGGGUCUUUUCUACAGCAGGCAGUGAGGAAAAGCUAGCUGCUUGUAAGGAUCUCGGAGCAGAUGUUGUCAUCAACUAUAAGACAGAGGACUUUGUUGCACGAGUGAAGGAAGAAACAGGAGGGAAAGGUGUUGAUGUCAUUCUGGAUCAUAUUGGAGGAUCCUACCUUCAGCGAAACCUUGACAGCUUAAACCUUGAUGGGAGACUAUUCCUUAUUAGCACUAUGGGUGGGGCUAUAGGAGAAGUAAAUUUGAAUACUUUGCUCACACGGCGCCUCACAGUACAAGCUGCUCGCUUGCGAUUUAGAAGUCCAGAAAAGAAAGCUGAAAUAAUUAGAGAGGUGGAGAAACAUGUCUGGCCUGCGGUUGCUGCUGGGAAGGUGAAGCCUGUUGUCUAUAAAUAUUUUCCAUUAUCUGAAGCUGCUGCAGCUCACCGGCUCAUGGAAAGUAGCAAGCAUAUUGGGAAGAUAUUGCUUCGCCCAUGAUAUUUUGAAGAAUCAUUAUAUUCAAAGGUGGUGGUUUAUGUAUUAAUGCCUGUUGGCUGAUGAUGUUAGUGCCCUGUUCUACCAGUUUUGUGCCUGUUGCGUGAAGGGCUUGAUUGUUAUUAAGGGUCUAUCAGAAUGAAUUGAGGUCGUUCUAAACAUCUUCUAAAUAAUGUCUCCAUGGUGAUUAUGAAUCGAUUGCUCUUAUGGUGCAACACAUUGUAUAGAACAUUUGAUGCACUUGCUGGAACAGUGGUAUUGGAAAGAAGUUCUAUUACCGGGGCUUGCACUUUGUGAGAGGAAACAUAUUUGACGUGGGAAGAUAAAGUUUGAGAAUCCUGUAUAAGAACAAAUAAGACUCGUUGGAAGCAAAGAAUGGAGUUUAACUCGAAGAAAGUGACAUUAGAUGAUAUAAUACAAGGGAAAUGUGUUUCUUAUGUUGGUGCAGACAUAGAUUUGUCUCAUGUAACACAUACAAAAGUGUAUUUUUUUUUCUCUCUCCUUCUUAGUGGGUCUAUACACUUUUGUGUGUGUUGUAUAAGACAAAUUAUCUCAUACAACAUGAAAAAAAUCAAAUCCAUAAUA